AUUUUGACAUAAGUAUGUUCAUUCGUUAUUUUACCAGAGAACGUACAUAAUAUACGUUCUCUGAUUUUACUUUUGACACAAUGUAUUUGUUAUUUUUCCACAAGUGAGUUUUUAAUGUGAAGUGAUACGGAAGUAAAGUAAAGUUGUUUGGGGUUUUUAUUUACCGUCAUAUAGUGCUUGUUGUACAGUUAAAGUUUUAAAAAGUAAACAUAGUGUCGUGUGUGUAAACAAUUUUUCCGAAAAUUAUAUAAAAAUGAAUAAUACUAUGGGUUCCUUUGGGCAAUGGCAGUUCAAGCGACAGCUGGGCAGAGGUGGAUUUGGAAACGUUCAUUAUUGGCGGAAUGGGGAAACCGGUGAAGAAAUUGCAACGAAAAUCGUAAAAGAGAAUCAUAACCUCAGCAAAGAUGAAAUCGCCAAACUACAACAACGGUGGCGACAAGAGAGCGAAUGGAUGAACCAACUGCAGACGCCUUACAUAGUGCGUGGUCUAAACGAAAUAGUUGACAAGCCAUUUUUAGAAUAUCUAACACAGCAAAACGCCUGGCUACAGCUACAGCCCAUCGUCAUGGAGUAUUGCAAUGGUGGGGAUUUGCGUGCACAGCUAUUGCUAGUGGAAAACACAAACGGUUUAAUAGAAUACGAGGUACGCGAAGUUUUACUGGCACUACGUCAUGCAAUUGAAUUUUUACACACGAAAUGUCGUAUCGAACACAGAGACUUGAAACCGGACAAUAUAGUCAUACAUCACAUUGGCAAUCGACGGUUGUACAAGCUCACUGAUUUCGGCUUUGCACGUAGUACUAGUGAGAACACGAUGCUAAAAAGCAUCGUCGGUACAAGAAAUUACGUUGCGCCAGAGGUUCUAGAUACGGCUGAAUAUAAAAAUACCGUUGACUACUGGUCGAUGGGAGUAAUUGCAUUCGAAUUGAUCUGUGGCAAUCUGCCUUUCAUUCCUCAUCAACAGCUAUUUAAUAUAGUAACAAAUAUACGAAAGAAAAAGGAAAGAUGUAUUGCCAUCACGGAGGAUUUCUAUGAAAAUAGAUAUGAAUUCAAUGAUCAUAUGCCAUUUGAAAAUCGCAUGAGUACUGUAUUCUUAAAAUCCAUCGAAGCAUGGUUAAGCACAGCAUUAGAUCAAAACUACAGUACGCGCGGCACACGUCUGUCACCAGUGACUAUGAAACGCGUAUUAACAUUUUAUAGUGAGCUGGACUCGAUUUUAUCACAGAAAGUGUUGACGGUAUUUUAUUUGCCAACCUUAACAUUUUACGCAUACAUAGUCACACCGGAGAUGACCUUGCGCAAUUUUAGAGAUAUUAUUAAGCGAGAUAUUGGCAUAGAGAACUUCAUUUGCAUUUUUCCAACCGGUCAUCCACGAUCUGAGCUUUCACAUACUUACAAGCCACUAGAUUUUUUUGUGGAAGAAUGGCAAGAUACACGCGAUGCCAAUAAUCCGCCAGUGAUGCUGUAUAUUGCGGGUAUGGAAACGGCAUACACUAUACCUACAGCACAUAUUCCUUUAUAUAUAAAAAAAUAUUUUAAUGCUAAAAUUGAAUUGCCUGAAAGCGUUUUGAAGAUUAUCGAGCAAAGCACACACUUUUUGCUCAGCAACGAACAACUUCAACUCGAGGCUUUUGUCUGUGGCCUAAAAGAACAAGCACUCACCAUCGAACACCAAAUAUUCCACUAUAAUACUGACAUUAAAGGCAACAAGUUAGAACACUACUUUCAUGCGCUCACAGAAAUGCAUGGUCGUGUAGAACAGUUUGCCAUUGGCAUUGAAGCGGCGAAGAAAACGUGUAACAUGCAGGGUGAAAGAUGUGCAAAUUUCUUUAACGAUUGGUUUGCUAAGGCGAAUAAAUUCAAAGCAGUUAUGGCCGAUUUAGAGGGACUGAAAACCAAAGUGAACAGAUAUUACAAGUCCGGAUUGAGGCGCGCUAAAGAAAUGGCGGUCAAUCCAAUUUUCGAUGAGCUAAAAAAUAAAGAUGUAUACAAACUUAAAGAAUUUAGACAACACCUAGGUAUUAUAUCGAAAGAACGUUUGGAAGCCUGUAAAACUGCUGUGUACGAGUGUCUAAGCCAGAGGGAGAAAACAAUUAUGUGCGAACAUUUAAAAUUUGCAUAUUCCACCAUAAAUUCGGUGCAAAAGGAAUUUGCCUUAUUGCAGAGUAUCGUCCACAACAGUUUAAACCAGUUAAAUGAAAUGCGAAACACUUUAUCGCAAAGUACUGUAGAAUUUCAUAAAACGAUGGUUGAUUUGUAUAUAAACGGCAGUGCACACAAUAAUUAUCUGUCACAAGAUGGAGAUUCGGCAACAUUUGUGAAUGGCACUGCUGGCUUAGCGGGCAGCAUUGACGAAUUUUUCCAGUUCCCAGUGCAAUCAUUAAUCGAAGAAGCUACGGUGCGAAUGAUGCAAAUGGAUAUAGACGAUGAUGUUAACAAGAAUAAUAAUCUCCCAGCUACCAUAUCUGAUUAGCCGACAUAUUUCGUCUUUUUCAAAACGCAUUGCUCCGAAAAUAUAAAGAGUGUUAUUUUGAUAUUAUAUAUAUUAGCUAAACUUGACUGAUUGUGAUAAUACAUUUAUUUGUGACACAUUUUAAAGUUUAUAUAAUACGCUUUAAAGUAUAUAAAUUGUGUAUAAAAGCACAGCUGCCUUGCAGUAAAAGCUAAGUAACAAAGUUUACUACCGAAUUUAAGAAUGUAAUUUAAGAUAGUCACAAAAUGAUUAGCACAUAAGCACUUUCACAAAGCCUUACUAAUUUUUUGCAACUAAACUAAAACUUAAAUCAAAGUGAUUUUAUAAAUAUCUCGUAUUUAUAAGUUAUGCCAUAUUUGAUGUCCAUAUGUUAGAAAUUGAAUAAUUUUGAAAAAAAAACCAGUCAUAUUUUGCAUUUAAGAUGCCUUUAACUUACUUAGCUUUAGUGUGAUAUAAAAUUUUACCAAAAUCUGAAGCUGUUCCACCGCCUUUGUUUCUUGUCACUUGCAAGUGUACGAAAUGUUGGGUUACACCCGAACUAAGCGCUUCCUCAUUUGUAUUUAAUAUUAAGCCAUUUUGCAUAGUGAACAAUUUAUAUGUAACUGAUCUAUUUAAGAUAAUGUUAAAGUCAAAAGUUAUUUUAAAUCUGUUACAAAUAGUGUAUGCAUAUAUUUAAGAAAAAACGUUAAUAAAGUCUAUUUGACCAAAUUACUAAGAUACUCAUUGAAA